UACAAAUUAUAGCAAUUACUUUUAGGAAUACCGUCCUAUACUGAUACCGUGCCUGGUCGAAUAUCAAAGUAUAGUCUUGGUCAUCUCUAACAUGAUAGGAACAUCGACCUGGGACUACAUUUUCAUCCGGGCCUGCAUAUUUGUCUUACACUGGAUUGCCCCUCUUAGUGUCCUCUGGUGUUUGAUCUCUCUUUUUUAUCCUCGACUCUACAUCUCCUGGAUACUACAGGUCUGGGCUAGCCUCGAGACAGCGUUUCACCUCCUCGUAUACUACCCACGCAAAAUUUAUCUACAAAGAGCAGCAACCCAUCCGACGCCUAUAUCUCGCGAACAGCGUCGCGUACUUUUCCAGCGCUGUCAUCAGAAUAUUCCUGACCCGGAGCGUUAUCUCUUGAAAUGGUUUAGGGACGCCCCGGCAUCUGAGAUCAAGCAGGAGAAUGUUAAGGAUUUCUUUCGGUGGGCUUUUCUAAACACCGGAGAACCUAACACAAGGGAAGAUGAAGAGCUAGAGGGGUAUAUUAAGAUGAUGGAAGAGCUGCUAGAGAGGAAGAUAGAACCUGGGAGGGGAAAGGCAGACUGCCUUAGACUGACCCUUGACAAGGUUAAUAUGUUGCAUCGGAGCUUAACAUGGUACCUGUGUGUGUCCAUUGUCGACACGGUAGCGUCUGGCUACAUGCGCUACCACUCCUUCGACUUCUAUCGGACUUCUCUCCUUCGAUUUCCCACAGUCUUCCCCAUGCGCCCCUUUACUCUUCUCACUCCCUAUCGCUCUUUAACGAAAACUAUCACUUACUGGCACCGUCCACACACUUCAAGAACUAGACUUCCUGUUCUCUUUAUCUACGGUAUAGGCAUUGGAAUCUACCCCUACAUAGAUUUCUUGGCCGAAUUAAAUUUAGCGGAUGAAAUAGACGGACCAGACGGAGAGAUAGGUAUCAUCGCUGUAGAGAUUAUGUCUGUGAGCUUUAGGAUUACAGGCGAGGCGCUAGGGAAAGGGGAAAUGUGUCAGGAAAUUGAUUGCAUAUUAAAGGCACAUAACUGGGAAAAGUUUGUGUUGGUAUCACAUUCGUGAG